AUGGAGGGAAAUGGUACGACUGAAACGUCUAACAGCUCUGCUCCCUGUGGAAAUAAUCUUUGUGAAAUUGCUAAUUACAUAUGGAUGAUUAUUUCUCCAAUUAUAUUUGUGUUUGGGAUGGUCGGUGGAAUUCUCAUCGUUAUGGUUUUUAUUCGGAUGAAAUUCUGGGGUACACCUCUGAUGGUCUUCCUUUUUGUACUGACUAUGACAGAUAUGAUAAUUCUGUGUGUUGGUCUCAUUCGACUAUGGAUUUUAGAAACGUGGGGCUUUGACAUCAGGUCAUUGUCCGACUCGGUGUGUAAGCUCCUGCAUUUCCUAGUUUAUUUCUCAAUGCAAUUUUCCUCAUGGAUUCUUGUAUGUGUAACUGUAGAGCGUUUCAUAAAAUGCAACUAUAUUGCGUAUAAAUCAAUUGUAACCGUAAAAAAAUCUGUGAUUGCAGUAUGUAUCUUAUUUUCUGUUCUUGGAUGCUUAAAUUCCCAUUACUUUUGGACGCAUGGGUUCGUAACAAACAACAACGUUUCCAUCUGCAAUGUAACGCCUGGAUAUGAAACUUUUGAUGAUUGGUAUAUAAAAAUUGAUCUCUUUGUUUUGUGUGUGGUUCCGUUCUGUAUCAUGCUAUCACUCGAUCUUGUGAUAAUGAGGAGUUUGAAAACUGCACGCACUUUCCGCAGGUCGUCUGUUGCUGCACCACAGAUGUAUACUAGGACGAAAAAGGUAGACCAAAGAUUAACGAAAAUGUUAGUGUUUACUAACUCUUACUUUCUCAUAUCCACACUACCUGUGUCAAUUUUGUUCAUUUUGACAAUAUAUCUUGACAGUAAUGCAGAGGAUAUGAACGCCAUCUUUACAUUCUGUGGAAGCAUAGUGUAUACUUUACAAUAUAGUAACUAUGCCGUUAACUGUAUAUUUUACACUAUUUUUGACAAGAAGAUUAGACAACAUAUCAGAAGACUGUUAAGGGCAGCCAAGCCGAGGUUUGGACAACACGGCAGUCAGUACUCUUUAUCUUCCUGUUCUACAAGGAUGUCGCAAUCGUUCUCCACCGUCUCCAGCAACGUGUCCAUAAGAAGUAUUUCAGAAUCAGUCAGAUUACAACAGAAUACAUAACAUGUACUUGUUUUUGUUAAUAAAGGUAGCGGGACAUAUUUACCAUGAUUAAAUCAUUGAGCAAUUUU